CUCAGUGCGCAGGCGCUCUGAGAGGAGAGUCGGGGGUUUCCGGUUCCGCCGUCCUCUUUCUCUUCAACGAGGCGGCCGAGCAGCAGACGCCGACAUGCAGAUCUUCGUGAAGACCCUGACGGGCAAGACCAUCACUCUUGAGGUCGAACCCAGUGACACCAUCGAGAAUGUCAAGGCCAAGAUCCAAGACAAGGAAGGCAUCCCACCAGACCAGCAGAGGCUGAUCUUUGCCGGCAAGCAGCUGGAGGAUGGCCGCACCCUGUCGGACUACAACAUCCAGAAAGAGUCCACCUUGCACCUGGUGCUGCGCCUGCGUGGUGGCAUCAUUGAGCCGUCCCUUCGUCAGCUCGCCCAGAAGUACAACUGUGACAAGAUGAUCUGCCGCAAGUGCUAUGCACGCCUGCACCCCCGUGCUGUCAACUGCCGCAAGAAGAAGUGCGGCCAUACCAACAACCUGCGCCCCAAGAAGAAGGUCAAAUAAAGCUGGGGCCGUACCUGGCCCAUGACCCCGGGACCAAAUAAAGUCCCCUUCCAUCGACUGGAGCAGUAA